GAGAUGGACGGAGAUGAGCUUCAAGGCAGAGACCGAUCCAUGUACCGAUCAAUCAGCAUGCGCAUCCAGUGCCUGGUUCAAGGUCGACUUGAUAUACCGCGCGCGGCGAUGGGGGCAGCACGAGCGAUGCAGUGGCCGAAAGUUGGCGGAUUGCAGGCCGCGAAGCGCAUCGGCCGCUACCUCAUUGGCAAAGCGAAGCUGUUGGCGAAGUGCGCGCAGCAGGCAGAUCGACGAGUGGCCUUCUGCACCGAUCGUGAAUUAGUUGGCUGUGUACGGACGAGGAAGUGGACAUUAUCAUGCGCGGCGCGGAUCGGUCAAACGUGGAUUCGGGGCAAUUCGACGACCCAAGGCUUCAAUUCGUUGCCCGCGGUAGAAGUGAAGUUUCAUGCGCUGACGACGGGGGCCAACAUCGGUCUUGGGCUGAAGAUUCUCGCCCGCGACGCGGGCGCGGACCUCGAAGUGAUUUUAAUGUGCGACGUGGCGGCGGGCAAAG